AUGGCUGAGACAAAGUCUGAGCGCAGCUUUGAACAGGCCCGCGGGGCGGUGCGCCUGCAGCGGGCCUUCCUGCGCGGCCCGCUGGGCGUGCUGCGGCUGCUGCAGCUGCUGGCCGGCGCCGCCUUCUGGAUCACCAUCGCCACGAGCAGGUACCAGGGCCCCGUGCACUUCGCGCUCUUCGUGUCCGUGCUCUUCUGGCUGCUGACCCUGGGCCUCUACUUCCUCACGCUACUGGGCAAGCACGAGCUGGUGCCCGUGCUGGGCUCGCGCUGGCUCCUGGUCAACGUGGCGCACGACCUGCUGGCGGCCGCGCUCUACGGCGCCGCGACGGGCAUCAUGAUCGACCAGACGCAGAGCCACAGCUACUGCAACCUCAAGAAUUACCAGAUGUCCUGCGCCUACCACGCCUUCCUGGCGGCCGCCGUCUGCGGCGGCCUCUGCCUCGGCCUCUACCUGCUCUCGGCGCUCUACGGCUGCUGCCGCCGCUGCCAGGGCGAGCAGGAGGUGGCGUGAGGCCGCCGCGCCGCGGGGCGGGGGACCCCCUGGAGAUCAGCGCCCCAGUCCUUCCUGCCGCCGCCGCCCCGCGCCCGUGCGCCCUGGCACCCGCCCCUUGCCCUGCCUUCCCGCCGCCGCCCGCGCCCAGGCGCCCUGACACGCAGCUCCCUCCCGACGGCAGCGCCACCGCCCGGGGUCUGGACCGCUGCACCGGACGCGCCGUCUCCAGGGACCAGGGCAGGGCUCCAUUCGAGGGGCGGACGCGCACUCUCGGACCGGCCGCCCGGAGGCGAAACCUUGCGGUCCCUCUUCCCCUUCGCUGUUGAGAGCGAGACGUGGACAGGCGCCGCGUAGAUCCGGGGGAGGCUCCCAAAUUGCAACCAGUCUUCUGGCUGCGCCACUUUCCCCUCCCUCACGCUCCGCAGUCGGAAGAGCACCCCUUUCCCUGGCCCCUCUUCCAGCCUCGAGUGCUGUAAAAGGCAGGCACGCCGCCGCGGGCGGAGCUGGGGACAGGCCUCCACUGGUCCCGAAAUGAGCGACGAGUUUGGUUUCAGCUUGGCAUUGUGCGGGCAUCCUGCGCAGUCCUUCCUGGCCCAUCCCUCGGUGCUUUGAUGUCGUGGGGUGGGGCCCAUUUGGAGAGGUGAGGAUGGAUAGGAAGGGCCCGCAGGCUGCCCCCUUACACCUAGGAGUCUCACUCUCUCCUCUGCCUGCUCAGCCUUUGUCCUCGCGGUUCCUGGAGGCCAGCCCAACGCACACUAGCUUCCCCGGCCUGGCUUUCCCAGGCUUCCUCUCACAGGCUUCUACUCCGUCCCCACCUACCAACAUCACUUUGCGUUAGGGAUCCCACAACACCGUCAAGGAAUGUUAGGGUGAGCCCCACUCCAUCUUUUUACAGAUGGAGACGGAGCUUGCUCCUGGGUACAGCCAGAAUAAGAUUAGAACCCCGUCUCGGGGCUCCCAGUCCAGCACUGUUUACAUGAAAGCAGUGGGUGUUCCGAGGAAUUCUGGCUCAGGAACUACCCUCCAAAAGAGGGUUGCAAGGCCAAAUGGGUUUGUUAAAGGUGCUGUCUCCCCUUCUUGGAGAUUCACGAUGCUCAUUAGCAUAUUAUAGGCUCUGAGAAGUCCUGCUGUAAAAGAAGCCCAGGAAAUUUAGUUUACAGUGUUAACUGCCUCUGGACCUGGGCCAGUUGUUCCCACCUUAAGGUUCCCAGCAGCCCUGUGCUGUCUGGGUUCUCAUUCAUUCCUAAGGGGCCCAACUCAUUGGCUAUGGUCUGUGAAGAUUUGGGAGCUCCCUCCCUUUCCCAAGGAAUUUCUCUAGCAAAGGGAGAAGAUAGCUGCCCCACCAGGCCAGCCAGAGGCCUGGGAACUGGUGGAUUUGAACAUUCCUUUACAUUCUUUGGGAAAUGAAACCAAGGUUAUCCAGAUGGUUUCCCAGUCAAAAGGAACAUCACCUGUAAGAGAUCCUGGCCUUGACCGUGAGCAGUGGUCACACUCACCAAAGAGAAAUAAACUUUCUGGAGCUGAGGUGAGCAGCUGGCCCCGCCUCUGUAAGGUUUCCAUGUUGCUGAGGCCAGGCAGAUUCCUGGAGCCGCUCAUGCCGACCUCUCCCAGGGCCUGUUUCCCUGGGUCGGCAACACCAUUCUGGCCUGGGCCAGCAGAGGGUUUCAGAGUGGGGAGAGGGAACGACCUCUGCCCGGCAGCUUCCGUUGAACACCAUCCAGUAGAAGAGCCAAGAUGGGUGAAGAUUCAUUUUGCCUUAACAUGAGAGAAAUCCUGAUUCUCCUUAUGCUAUGACUUGGGCAGAAGAUUCCAGACUCCUGAAACUGAGCUGUGUGCCUCUCUGCCCUGAACAAUGGGUUUUAGCUCCAGCUUUUGUUCCUUUCCUCUUUUUUUAGAUCACUGUCUAAGCUGUAUUCUCAGCUCAGAUCCAGCCCCCCGAAGACUUCUUCUUAGCCCCCCAGCCCAUGGUGCUCUGUCUGUGGGCAGGUGACCUUACUCAGGAGCAGACAGCUCCUUGGCCUUCAUGGUACCUUAUCCAUCCAGAUGUGCCUGAAACAUUCCAGGACUCACUGGCUCUUCUAGAUGUGCCUUUCCACUUGGCCUCCAGCUGUUUCUCCAGAUAUGAGAAGGAUAUGUAAGACGGCCCCCACUCCCAUCCUCUCCUCGCCCUCGAGGCCUUGUGCCAUAGAAAUGGCCACCUGACCUGGCCUGGAACUUUUGGGUACUGGAGGCAGUCUCAUUGGCUGCCCUCUUUGGACUCCAGGACUCAGUCCAGCCCGAGACCACCGUGGGCUGCUCUCAGCCCAAAAGUCUGGGACCACUUGUGGACACACGAGAUGAUGUCUCCAGUAUUCUACAAAGGCCAGAAGGAAGGGUGGGAGUGGGAGGGGUGAGCGUGGGUAGGGAGAGGGGACACAUGUGCCUCAUUCAGUAGUUUAGUGGUGAUUACUAAUAUGCUUUUCUAAAUAAAGUUUGGUCUGUCU